AUGGCUACACAGGAGGUACAACCGAAUGAGACUCUCACUAACCUAAAAGCGGAAUCGGACACGUUGAAAACGAAGCUCGAGGACGAAAGAGCGAAGCUGCACGAUGUCGAACUCCACCAGGUGGCAGAGAAGGUGGAUGGACUGGGCCAGUUUAUCAUGAAGACCCGGCGGACUCUGAAGGGACAUGGAAACAAAGUUCUCUGCAUGGACUGGUGUAAGGACAAGAGGAGGAUCGUCAGCUCGUCACAGGAUGGAAAAGUGAUUGUAUGGGAUGCCUUCACCACUAACAAGGAGCAUGCAGUGACCAUGCCGUGCACCUGGGUGAUGGCCUGUGCCUACGCCCCCUCUGGAUGUGCAGUGGCCUGUGGUGGUCUGGACAACAAGUGCUCAGUGUACCCUCUGUCGUUGGACAAGAAUGAGAACCUGGCAGCGAAGAAGAAGUCUGUCGCCAUGCACACCAACUACUUAUCUGCUUGUAGCUUCACCAACUCAGACAUGCAGAUCCUGACGUCCAGCGGAGACGGAACCUGUGCAUUAUGGGAUGUGGAGAGCGGUCAGCUGUUGCAGAGUUUCCAUGGACACGCCUCUGAUGUUCUUUGUCUGGACCUGGCUCCUUCUGAGACUGGCAACACCUUCGUCUCUGGGGGCUGUGACAAGAAGGCUAACGUAUGGGACAUGCGCUCAGGCCAGUGCAUUCAGUCCUUCGAAACACACGAAUCAGACAUCAACAGUGUCAGGUACUACCCCAGCGGAGAUGCAUUUGCCUCCGGCUCUGAUGAUGCUACAUGUCGUCUCUAUGACCUGAGAGCAGACAGAGAAGUGGCCAUUUAUUCCAAAGAGAGCAUCAUAUUUGGUGCCUCCAGUGUUGACUUCUCUCUCAGUGGCCGGCUACUGUUCGGUGGCUACAACGACUACACCAUCAACGUGUGGGAUGUCUUGAAGGGGACGAGGGUGUCCAUCCUGUUUGGACAUGAGAACCGUGUCAGCACUCUGCGUCUGUCUCCUGACGGAACGGCCUUCUGCUCAGGGUCAUGGGACCACACUCUCAGGAUCUGGGCUUAAGGAAAACGACACAGAAGAGGAAAAACUGACCAAGUGAAUUCAGUGGUAGAUAGAUGGAGCCAGACGUGUUCCACUCUGCUUGAAUACAGUCAUAGGUUCAGAUUCAGUUGAACAUAUAUAUACACAGUGGUAAAGGGCAGGCAUUGUAAACACUCAGUCUUACUGUAGUGGUGUGUCAGGGUACGUUUGAACCGUGGUCUUUGACAAGUUAACAGUCAUUAUCAACAAAAAAAAAAAACCCCGCUAAAGAUACACUUUUAUUACGAGCUUUAAUAACGUAUCACAUUAAGUAUUUUAGAUCACGCAAGGUCAAUAUAUCUUCAUGAAAUUCAUAAUCACACACAGAAUGAUGAUAUAGCUACUCUAGUUUAAAGCAGGUGGUCUAAAGAGAACUCGUGUGAAGUAGAUGGUGAUGAAUAACAAAGUUUGAAAUGAAUCUAGUGGUGAAUAUACAGAGAGUAAAAGAGUUAGAGGAAGAAUGUCUUCAAUAACCUAAUGUAUAAGAUGUAGUAUGAUGCAAUGUUUAGAUUUGAGAUAUGAUGAAAAACAGUUCAUACAUUUGGAACCAACCCUCAAGAGUCACUAGUCAUCUUGGUUGAUGCCAGGACCAAUCAUCUUGGUCGAUGCCAGGACCAAUCAUCUUGGUCGAUGCCAGGACCAAUCAUCUUGGUCGAUGCCAGGACCAAUCCUCUUGGUCGAUGCCAGGACCAAUCCUCUUGGUCGAUGCCAGGACCAAUCCUCUUGGUCGAUGCCAGGACCAAUCCUCUUGGUCGGUGCCAGGACCAAUCCUCUUGGUCGAUGCCAGGACCAAUCAUCUUGGUCGAUGCCAGGACCAAUCAUCUUGGUCGAUGCCAGGACCAAUCAUCUUGGUCGAUGCCACAUUUUCCAUUCCAGUUCCUUUUCCACCUGUGGAAUUCACGUACUGCUUGAGAUGUUCACAUGACAAACACUAGAUAAUAUCUAGCUAACAUGAAUAUACAACCUUUUGUGAAUACCUACUUAUUUAAAUUCUUAGACUUAUCUAU